AUGACCUUGUCUUGGAAAUUACUUGGGCUUGCCUCCUUGGCUUUACUGAGUGGCACUGUCACAGGUACAGGAGCCGAUGCUCACUCGGAUAGGGCUCUAAAGAGAUUCAAUGCGACGGUCGGCGGACGUGUGCAAUCUCUUGCCCCUUUCUCUCUGCCUUGCUUCUCCAGCUACAAUGGACAACCAGUGGCUCGCGAUAAUGCUGCCUGUACUGCCAUCCAGGCUAACUACUCGAACCCGUGGCUACGAACGAAUUCUCCCAAUGGCUACAUGAACAACCAGGCUGAGAUGUGGGCAUCCGAUCCCAGCGACCAAUGUCUUCUCGACGAUAGCAAUCCUGCAGACCCUUUGGCUUACGUGAAUGCCACUUGCCGCCAGGGGAACAUGCCCUCCCAUUAUCUCGAAGUGCAGAGCCCAAAGGAUGUGAUUGAAGCUUUUCGAUUCUCGAAGAAUUCCGGCAAGCAGCUCGUCAUUAAGAACAGCGGCCAUGACUAUCUCACCCGUAGCAGCGGACGAGACUCGCUGUCUCUGUGGAUGCGUAACCUACGGUCUAUGCACUACAAUCAAGCCUUUACGCCCCAUGGCUGCAACGAUGCCGCUCAAAAGUACAAGGCCAUCACCGUCGGCGCCGGGGUCAACUUCGAUGAAGCGUAUACAUUUGCACAGCAGCAUAACGUCACAAUUCUCGGUGGCUACUCACCCACAGUUGGUGUCUCGGGGGGUUGGGUCCAAAACGGCGGUCAUUCCAUUCUCAGUCCUGUGUACGGUCUCGGCGUUGACCGCGUGCUAGAGUUCAAGGUCGUAACACCAGACGGUGUCUACCGAACCGCGAACGAAUUCCAGAACCCGGACCUAUUCUGGGCUCUUCGCGGCGGCGGCGGUGGAACCUUUGGAGUCGUUCUUGAAAGCACCCACCGUGUCGAGCCUGCUAUUCGCUUCGUUGCGGCCAAUAUCAAGUUCCCUAGCACUUCCACCAACAUGCUCCCAUUCAUGGAAAUCGUCGUCAAUAACACCCUUAAAUGGGCACAAGAAGGCUGGGGUGGCCAUAUAACCGGCAACACCCUUGUCAAUAUCUCGCCUCUCCUCUCCAUCGACGAAGCGAAAACCUCCCUGGCAGACGUAAUCGCCUACGCAAAGGCAAACGGAGGCUCUGCCACCAUCGAAGAAUUCAACUCCUGGUACCCAUUCUACGAGAAGUACGUCACAACCAGCUCCGUUGCCGUCGGUGUCACUCGCUUCCCCGGAAGCCGUCUGAUCCCACGCUCGGUCUUUGAAACCGCCGAAGGCCGCGCGGAUCUCAUGUCCUUCUUCGCUCUCAUCCAGUCAAUCGGUCAGACGCCUUACAUCCCCGUCGUCGGUCCAGUGCUCUACGAAUAUGCCGAAGGCUCGACUAGUGCCUCUCCCGCCUGGCGUGAGGCCGUCUGGGAGUUAGGCUCCGGUGCUUCCUGGGCAUGGAAUAGUACUCUUUCCACUCGAAUGCAGAAGAUUGCGGCUAUUCAGAAUAUGACGGCGGUUAUUGAGGGGAUAACGCCCGGUGGUGGUGCGUAUAGCAACGAGGCGAAUCCAUUCACGAUUAAUUGGCGAGAGGCAUGGUGGAGCGAUAAGUAUGAGAAGUUGGUGAGGAUUAAGAACAAGUAUGAUCCAGACAAUCUGUUGCGUUGCUGGAAGUGUAUUGGUUGGGAGGAGUCCCAAGCUGCUACUUCGGCUUUUGCGGCAUUCGUUUGA